CUCUUUGUUCAUUUUUAUUAUUUCAUAUCACAUUUCUAUUUCUAUUAUUGUUUCUUUUCAUAUCCAUUUUAAAUCUCACAUAGACAAGUUAUUCUAUUAACUAAAAGGAAAGAAAAAAACACCAAUAUCAAGAUGCUUCACUCUUCACUUCGCUCCAUAGUGGCUGGAGUCCUCGCUGCCACUUCAGCUGUCUACGCUCUCCCACAAUCAACAGGAUCUGGAUCUGGAUCUAGUUCUUCAACAGCAUGCAACAACUCUCCCGACCUUUGCGACCGCAACUACAACAACAUCACACACAUGGGCGCUCACGGAAGCUCCUUUCUAACAGACGGCAACAGUGGCCUCACAGCCGCAGGAAACCAAAACUUCAACGCCACGGAUGCCCUCGAUGCUGGUCUUCGUUUUCUCCAGGCUCAAGUCCACAAGGAAAACAACGCUCUUCACCUAUGUCAUACCUCGUGCGAUAUUCUUGACGCUGGAACACUUCAGGAUUGGUUGAGCAAGAUUAAUGUCUGGAUGGAGGCCAACGCCAACGAGGUCGUUACUAUUCUGCUUGUCAACUCUGACGAUGCCACCGCCGAUGAGUUUGGAAAGGUCAUCAACGGUUCCGGUAUUGCCGAAUUGGCUUAUGCGCAAUCCAACCAGAACGCUACCACUGAGUGGCCAACUCUCAAGUCCAUGAUCGAUGCCAAGACGCGCCUGGUUACAUUUGUUACCAACAUCGACGCUUCGACCCAGUACCCCUACUUGAUGCCCGAGUUCAACUACAUCUUCGAGACAGCCUUUGAGGUUCCCGAACUGACCGGUUUCAACUGCACCGUCAACCGUCCCUCCAAGAUCAAGGAUGCCGCUUCAGCCCUGUCCAACGGCAUGAUGAGUCUGGUCAACCACUUCAAGUACCAGAGUCUCGCCACCAACAGCGAUCUCUUCAUCCCCGAUACCGAGAACAUCGACACUGUCAACAGCGACGGUACCAGCCAAGCCGGCCAGUUGGGCAAGCAUCUCCAGGAGUGCCGACAGGAGUGGGGUGUUGCCCCCAACUUUGUCCUCGUCGAUUUCUUCGAGAAGGGCCAGGUACUUGCCGCGACAGACAAGAUGAACGGCGUCUCUGAUGCUACCGGUCGCGAGGCAGUCAAAUCAGACGAGUCCUUGGCCAUUGCCAAUGACAGACAAGUCGGCAUGGUUGCCUUGACAGCCUUUGUCGCUGCUUUCGUACUCUUGGUGUAAACACAUAAACACCGAAUGCCAUCGAGCAUUCAACAUUCCCUUUUGUCUUUAUUCUUUCACAAAUACCACCAUUCCUUCCUUUACACAGGUUCGAUCCGACCCUGCCGUUUAAUCCGGUUCGGUCAUUCUGGGCAUAUAGCGAGGCGUUUCUGGGGCUAGCAAGCUUGGAUUUUGAUAAAUUGCAUUUCAAGACAAGUAUGGAACUCUGUUUCUAGACUGAUAAAUGUAUGAAUGGGGCAUACACAUACAUAUGAGCAUAGAGUUGGAAUAGAAGGGCUCACAUAGAUGGAUACGACAUAUCGUUACCUCUAGAUACACUAAAUGAACAGGCAA